AUGGGCAAAAAUAAACGCAAAAAGCGCAGCAAAAAGGCCGCCGACAAGCCAAGCGCAGCGAAAAGCGAUGCGCCGGCGAAACCGCAAGCCAAAAAAUCGAGCGGUUCGCUCGCCGACAAGCUGCGCGCGAGGCUCGCGGGUGGGCGCUUUCGGUCCCUGAACGAAGCACUAUAUACAAACAGCGGCGGCGAGAAUUUUAGAAGGUUCCAGGCCGAGCCGGAACUCGCCGAGGCCUACCACCGCGGGUUCCGGGAGCAGGCGCGGGGCUGGCCGCGGAACCCCUUGGACGAUGUGAUCGCGCAGCUGCAGGCGCUGCCUUCAAGAGCGGUCGUGGCCGACAUGGGCUGCGGCGACGCGCGGCUCGCGGCGGAAUUAGGAAAGCGGCACGACGUGCGGAGCUUCGAUCUCGUCGCGACGGCGCCCGGAGUUAUAGCGUGCAAUAUCGAGCGGACGCCGCUGAAAAAUGGGGAGUGCGACGUCGUCGUGUUCUGCCUCGCGCUCAUGGGCCCGUCGCUCUGGCGGUUCGUCGGAGAGGCGUUUCGGGUGCUGAAGCCGGGCGGUCUCCUGAAGGUCGUCGAGGUGCGGAGCCGCUUCGAGGACGCCUCGAUCGAUGAAUUCGUGGCCGGCUGCCGGAGCGCGGGCUUCGAUUUGGUGAAGCCCUACGACGCGUCGAACCGCAUGUUCGUCGCGUUCGACUUCCAGAAGAGCAGUAGGAGGCCCUCGAAGACGGAUCCCGCCUUCGCGUUUCGCGCGUGUGUGUACAAGAAGAGGUAG